AUGCCACCAGUUCUAAUGAUCAUAAAGGGCCUGCUCCGGAGAUAUAAAAGAUGGAACCCUGUGCAUCCUACUUCUGGUGCAUUUUGGGGCAUUGGAAUAGGUGUGGGUUGCGGGGUUGGAUGGGGUCCUGGCUUUGGUCCUGAGGCGAUUGGUUAUGUUGGAGCUGGCUGUGGUAUCGGAAUUAGUGUAGGGAUCACUCUGGUUGGUUUUGGCAUUGGUCUUCCUGCAAAUGGCCUGUUUGAAGCACCUUACAAUGCUUUUAUGGCUACAGGAACUGCUGUAGUGGAGUUUGCUCGAUCCAAUGGUCUACUUAGCAUGGGAAACGUUGCCGGUGAUGGUUGGAGGAACAUUGGACCACACAUUUCUGGGUUGAAAAGAAACGCAAGUGGAAAGUUCCCAAUCUUCAAGUACGAAAAUCCCUUGGACACAGGGGUAAAUUUUUCUGAGAUGAAGAGCACCAUGUAUUCCGGUAGUAAAUCUAUUCUGGAUCAUUUAGGAAGAAUCAGUGAUCGCUUCUUUCAUCCUCACAAAGCUUCAGUAACUCUCAAGCAUGGUUUUCAUCGAGGUUGGUUGACACUUGACUUGAGGAGAUGUGAUAGUGGGGUGUUGAAAAUGGUGGUAAACGGGGGGUGA